AUGUUCGGAGCAGUGGCUUUUGCGGAAGAAGCCAAGACCUAUGAUGGGUUUGCUGACUAUGCCAAGGAGAACCAAAUGGCCCAAUCCGAUGUGGGUUGCUUUGUCAACAAGUGUGGUGACCAAACUAAGGGCCUAUUUUCCAAUCCUAGAGGAAUCAAAGGAGUCACAUGCUUGGGUAGAUGCAAGGGUGAACAGAGAUGUUGUACUCGAUGCUUUGCCGAAUUUGGCUCUGAUGAAUUGAACAAUUGGCUAUCCUGCACCAUUGAAGAGAAUGAAUGUGUUAAGGUGCCCAAGGAUGUCGACAACUCUGCUGAAGAUGUGGGAUACUCUACUGCCAUUCGAACUUUUGAUCCAAAGACUCUUCCUGGUACAUGGUGGAAGACUCAUGGAUUGAAUCCUGAAAAUGAUUUGUUUGACUGCCAAACAAAUGUGUUCAAGGCAACCAAUAAGGAAUCUAGUGAGCUAGAUAUGGAUAUCUUCUUCCGUGUACCAAGACCCGUGGAAUCUGGUGGUGGAUUCUGGGAAAACGUCUUGACUGAACACAUGGGGCAUAACCUUCAAGGGAACUAUGAAGGGUCUUUUGUGUAUUCAAAAGAACCAGUCCUGCCAGAAAAAGCCAUACCAGCAGUGCGAGCCGCUGCUGUCAAGGCUGGUUUGGAUUUUGACCAGUAUCAGCCCAUUGACAACACAUGCCCACCUGGACAGCCACUCAAUGAUGCUGGAGCUGGAACAGGCACUUCUACAACAGACUGGGUAGAUCUGGUGGUGGGUGAAGGUGGGGUGAUUGACUGGAUAUCUCCUGGUUGGAGAGGUGAAUACAAAAGUAGAUAA